GCAUGAAAAUAUAGUUGCUCUGGAAGACAUCUAUGAGAGCCCUAACCAUUUAUAUUUGGUCAUGCAGCUGGUGUCUGGGGGAGAGCUGUUUGACCGCAUUGUGGAGAAGGGGUUCUACACGGAGAAGGACGCCAGCACGCUGAUCCGGCAGGUCCUGGACGCUGUGUACUACCUGCACCGCAUGGGCAUCGUGCACAGGGACCUCAAGCCUGAGAACCUGCUUUACUACAGCCAGGAUGAAGAGUCAAAAAUCAUGAUCAGUGACUUUGGAUUGUCGAAGAUGGAGGGUAAAGGAGAUGUGAUGUCCACAGCCUGUGGAACUCCUGGCUAUGUUGCUCCUGAAGUGCUGGCCCAGAAGCCCUACAGCAAAGCCGUGGACUGCUGGUCCAUCGGGGUCAUUGCCUACAUCCUGCUCUGUGGAUAUCCCCCUUUCUAUGAUGAAAACGACUCCAAACUCUUUGAGCAGAUCCUUAAGGCAGAGUAUGAGUUUGACUCUCCAUACUGGGAUGACAUCUCUGAGUCUGCUAAAGACUUCAUUCGUAAUUUGAUGGAGAAGGACCCUAAUAAAAGAUACACCUGUGAGCAAGCAGCAAGACACCCUUGGAUCGCUGGAGAUACAGCACUCAACAAAAACAUCCACGAGUCGGUCAGCGCCCAGAUCCGGAAGAACUUUGCAAAAAGCAAAUGGAGACAAGCGUUCAACGCCACGGCAGUGGUGCGGCACAUGAGGCGGCUACACCUCGGCAGCAGCCUGGACAGUGGCAGUGCCAGCGUGUCCAGCACCCUCAGCCUGGCCACGCCGCUCCCCGACGCAGCCACGCGGAAAGACUCUUUGAUUGUUGAUUUUUACCUCCAGAGUCACAGAGGCCAUCUCUGAUGCCAACAGCAGUGCUCUUGCUGGGAAAACAAAACAAACAAAAAAUCCAGAAAAGCUCCAGCUGGCCCCUUAGCCUGCAGAAGAAGUUGUGAGGACAGGCUGCCCAUGAACUCUGCGAGCUGAAAGUCAGUAUUGCAGUGGCAAGGGCUUCUGCUGAUGAUCUUGCAUGUGACUUCAUUCCCAGUGCACCCUAACUCUCUGCUGGAUCACCCCUCCUGCAGCACGAAAUGGAUAUUGGCCCUGCCACAUGGCCAGUGGGGAAGUAGGAGUGAGGGAAAAUCUGGCAGUGUUGCUUUCCUGAGACUGUCACUCUGCUGCUGCUGCUGUCUCUUUUGUCCUGGUUGCUGUUGUACAGGUGGCAUUAGAGUAGUGGGUACAAAAAAAAAAAAAAAAAAAAAUAAAGGUAGGAUUUUACCUAUGCUUUGUAUGUCUGUUAUGGUUGUGGUGCUGAAAUAAAACCAAGAAAUUUGGUUCAUUCCUGACAUGUAUCAAACCAUAAAAAGGGGUGUGAUCCCACUGGUAGACAUCUCCCUGUAGUUCUGCUGUAGGCAUUGAUUAGAGGUUUCUGCUGUGCUUGUGUCCUGCAUUCCUCCAUGGCUAUUGACAGUAAUUUUUUUAUUACUAGUUCUUUUGGGUCCCUGGCUGAUUCUGAUGAAAUUCAGGUUUUGUUCUGAGGUUUUUUUCUGUGCCAGGGCCAGCAUAACCCCUGAUCUCAGGUUUUUCUCCCCAAGCCCUCUGCAAACCAGAACAUGGGCCUCCAGGGUGCCCACGAAAUGCAGCUGCAGCUGGCCCCAAGGCUAUCCCUUCCUAUUUUUAGGGAAGCAAACUGCCAGAGAAAGCCAGAUAGCUUUCAGCCAUUGGCAAACAAAGAGGAUAUUGCCCUUUGAUGUGAACUUGGCAUUAACAAGAUCAGCUCUAGGGAAACCUGUGCUAUUACUUCCUCCUGUGAUAACAGCUCCAGCCCUGAGCAGCACUGAAUGAGCACCAGAUAAAAACACCAGACUGGCUUUGCCAGCAUGAUCAUGCAGGCUGUAGCUUGUUCCUUUUGCUCUUUCCAAAGAACCAGGGGAUUCAUCUACUGGCAAAAUAACAGUUUCUAGGCUGAGCCCCAAGGUACAGAAGUGACUUCCAUUCAGCAUAUGGAAAUUCCCAUUUGAUGCAAUUAUUCCUGUUCUUGCUCUCAUGCAUAUUUACCUGUCUGAAUUGUGUCCUGAAUGCAUCCCAGAAAUUAUUAAUGGGAAGGGAGUUUUCCCUUCCUUAUUGUGCUUAUUUGCACCAGAAACUCGAACACUCAUUCAAGCAAAAAGCAGAAACACACACAGAGAUUAUUGUAUCCAAGGAAAACAGCAUCAAGACCAAGAGUGGAGGAGUAGUUGGCAAAUCACUGUCAGCAAUGGCUGAGUGAGGGGACAGCAACCUGCUCACAAACACUGCAUGAACUCUUGUUUCCCCUGGUGAGCCAGCCAUCCCAUAUUUCAUGCCCUGCAGCAAGUUUUACCCAAUCCCUUUUGUUUUCCCUCACAUCCCCACAGCCAGGUCCUGCCUUCCCACCCUGCCUGUGAGUGCUCUGGUCUCUGUGACACGUGUGUGUUUGUGUGUGCACAUGUGUGUAGUGGCCCCAGGGAUCACAGAUCCCUCUGGUGGGUGAUCAGGAGCUGGCCCAGGUUUUUGGUCUGUCUGCAUGGUUGGGUCAAAGCUGUGUGAUUAGUGUUUGUAGCAGAGCACAGAGGCCCUUUAGCCUGGACUCUGGUUUUCAAGACCCCCUUCCCCACCACAAAUAGUGCCACUUAUCUGUCCAGGUAGCUUUUUUUCCCCUCCUCUUCAUAAAUGCUAAGGUCAGUGGAAUGGCUCUUACAGUUUUUCCAUACUCCAGAGUGGAACCAGGGCAUGCACUCGCAGGCUUUGUGAAAAAACCGUGCUGAGCUAAUGAUGGCAUCAGCUGUCCAAUAAAUGCAUGAUACUGCACUGCAUGUAUUAAACUGCUGUUCACUGUUUCUGUAUUUCCCAAGCCUUUUCUUUAUGCACAUUCAACCCAACCUCUCUGAGGGAAUUACUUCUGUGUAUUGCUUUUAAGUGACUCAAUGUAUCUGUAACUCGAAAUCCAUUGUUAUGUUUCAGUAAAUGCAAAACCUGAUGUUUUGUAAACAAGAUACUGCAAAGCCUGGUAAUGUAUUUUGUCUUUCUGUUGAGUGCUCUGCAGCAUUUACAGGAAGAGUCACCAUCCAGAGCAGCUUAAAAUUAGGCAGCAAUCACAUACACAAGUGUAGAAGCAGGGAGCUGGGGAGGUGAGAAUCCCUUUCUUUAUACAACACUUACAAAUUUGAUCUGCAUCAAAAAUUUCUUCCCUGGGUCACUAAUGCUUAGAGCUACCAAAGAACUUGUUGGUAUGUCUCUUUGCUUUUUUCUUUUUUCCUUUUGGUUUGUUUUUCCUAGUGAAAAUUCAGAUUGGUUCACUCAAUUAUUAGUAUUUUUCUCUUCCUACAAAAUAGUUCUUUCUCACCUGUUGCAGAAAGAAAUGUAUACUGGGGACUAAGAUGCUGUGAUUCUUUGUCUGCACAAAAUAGGGCAGAGAGCUGAGCUAAACUAUCCCAUCCUUUCCAAAGCAUCACCACCUAAAUACUGCCAUUUAAUCCCUGAACCUCCAAGUAAUACCAUUUAUCCAUGGAAGAGUUUGGUGUGGUACUUUUCCUUCUUCCACAUGGAAACCAUGCCCUUGCCUUCUCUCCCCUUAGUCAUUGACCCAUUUUCAUCUGUGCUGGUCUUUCCAAGGCAGGGUACAGGAUGGUCCUUGUAUUAGCUCCAGCCCAAACCUCUUUGGGCAUCAGCAGGGUUUUGGUCCCAGCUCUGUGUGGAAGAUGCUCGAGCUCCCAACACUCAAAGCAGAGUCAUCUGAAAGGACUGGGAAACUGCUCUGUGUUCCUGGCAAGGGCAUGCCAAGCAGCAGGCCAGGGGAGCAAGAACCAUGCUGGUGUAUAGUCCUUGGAAAUUACUCUCCAUGGUGGCUGAAAACACCAAGAAGUCUUGAGCCCUCUCUUGAAGGCUGGUGCUCAGGCAGGGCUGUGCCAUUGCCAAAUCACUGUAUGGCAGCACAACAAAUCAGUUACAGCUGUAAACCAGCCUGAGUUCAGAUUGCUGAGGCAGCACCAGGCUCCAUGAGGAGCUGGAUGUGGUGGCUCCUGAUGGGUGGGAGCUCCCAGGGGAUUGCUUGGAACAGCUCUGAGCUUUUCCAUCUCUCAUCUUGCAUCCUCUGAGCCCAGCAUGGCAUCAUACAGGCUGAGUCUUAUUAGAUCAAGCAUGACCCCCAAAGUGAAGUGUGGAAGGUUGCAGCUCAGUUGGUGCAACUCAUGUUUUGGUCAACACAAUGUCAGUGAUCUGCUGUACAUUGACCUAUAGUUCAGAAACAGUAUUUUGGCCCAUUUGGGCCUUUUUUUAGAUAGACAUUUUAUUUGAGCCAGAAAACAUUGGGGAAAAAAAAAUAAACAAGCCUAGUCUGCCCAGAAUAGUGACUCCCCAAAUAUCCCAAACUGCAAAACAUCCCUCAGUUGACUUCUAAUGGAAAUGCAAGCAUGUUUUCUACAAAGGCUUAAAUCUUAAUCAAGGAAUGUCAGUGUGCCUAAUAUUGCAGGUCUUGUGAUUGAUAACAAGUUCAUAACAGCAUCCAUGUCCAAAAAGAAGGGAAAAUGUGUAUUUACUCCAUGCAUGUAUUAAGGCAUUGCAAAAGUUUUAUCUGCAUCAUGAGUUUGCAGUUCUGCAAAUUGUUAAUGGGGCUACAUCGCAAGUGGUUCUCUGCCUUGACAAUCAUGUAUACAUAUCGAGAUUUCUAUCAUAAUGACAAUUGAAAGGGAUGACUAAUUGUUUUCCUCCAAUAAAUCCAAUUAAACCAG